AGGGAAGGAGGAGGGCGCGCUGAUCCUCAGUCGGUGUGUGAGGGAACAGACGAAGUAGAGACCUGCACACACACACACUCACUCACUCACUCUCUCACACACACACACGCUUACACUCUCUCACUGUGUCUUUCUCUUGCGCUUCGCACGGAGCAGAGGGGGAACGGGAAGGGAAGAAUGAGGAAGAAGUCCCAACAAAUGCGGGUUUGCUGAUGAAGCGCCGCUCCGGUUAUCCGAUCAUACAGGUCGCGCUGCAUGGAAACGAGGAGUCGGCAACAGCAGAAAACAACAGCAACAAAUAAAAAAGCUGUCAGUGCAUGGGAAUCCGGUCACCUCUCCCUUUCUUUUGUGCGUCUCGCUCGGUGGAUACGCCGCCUUGGCUGGCGUAUAAGAGCUCCCUGCGUCUCCAUUACCAUUCCCCACUACUGGCUUACCUCUACUACUACUACUACUACUCCUCUUACUCCUCAUUACCAGUAGAUCUAUAGUGCUGCUUUUACUACUGACUGUCUCCUCCGGAUUGGGAGCACUCUCUGGAUAAUAAGGUUUAACACCCUCAUUAAUCGUCACCUCACAGUACCGGUUUGGGCGUCAACAUGGGUCGCUGGGAUCACUCCUCCCUCCUGUCCCCUGCCCUGAGGCUAGCAGUCGUCACGGUCAUUCUCCUCCUUGAGCUCCAACCCUCAUUGGCUGGCGCUGCCCCUGAGCAGACCUUGGGUGGCUCUGUUUCGGCGGUGUCCACUAAUAAAACUGAGUGCAGCAAGGCUGAGGCGUGCGAGAAGGGUGUGGUCCUGCCUAUCUGGGAGCCCCAAAACCCGUCAUUUGGCGACAAAGUGGCUCGGGCUACAGUUUACUUUGUGGCAUUGGUGUACAUGUUCCUGGGCGUGUCGAUCAUCGCGGAUCGUUUCAUGGCAUCAAUAGAGGUCAUCACAUCGCAGGAAAAGGAGAUCACGAUAAAGAAACCCAACGGGGAAACCACCACCACCACCGUUCGGAUCUGGAAUGAGACCGUCUCCAAUCUCACCCUCAUGGCUCUCGGCUCAUCAGCUCCGGAGAUCCUGCUGUCUGUCAUAGAAGUCGUAGGUCACGGGUUCCAUGCUGGCGCACUGGGCCCCUCCACAAUUGUGGGCUCUGCGGCAUUCAACAUGUUUGUCAUCAUCGGGCUUUGUGUGUACGUCGUGCCCGACGGCGAGACGAGGAAGGUCAAGCACCUCCGCGUCUUCUUUGUCACGGCCACCUGGAGUAUCUUCGCCUACAUUUGGCUCUACCUGAUCCUGUCUGUGAUCUCACCUGGCGUUGUGCAGGUGUGGGAGGGGCUGCUCACGUUCCUCUUCUUCCCCAUCUGUGUGGUGUUCGCCUGGGUGGCCGACCGCCGCCUGCUGUUCUACAAGUAUGUGUACAAGCGUUACCGCACUGGCAAGCAGCGUGGCAUGAUCAUCGAGACAGAGGGAGACCGUCCACUUCCUUCCAAGGUGGAUAUUGAGAUGGAUGGGAAGAUGCUGAACUCUCAUGGUGUUGACUUCCUGGAUGGUCCGCUGGGUUUGGAUAUAGAUGAGAAGGAUCUGGACGAGGAGGAGACCCGCAGAGACAUGGCCAAGAUCCUGAAGGAGCUCAAGCAGAAACACCCUGACAAGGAGGUGGAACAACUCAUCGAGCUUGCCAACUACCAAGUCCUGAGCCAGCAGCAGAAGAGCAGAGCUUUCUAUCGAUGCCAGGCCACCAGGCUGAUGACAGGUGCUGGCAACAUCCUGAAGAAACAUGCCGCCGAUCAGGCACGAAAGGCUGUCAGCAUGCACGAGGUUCGCUCUGAUGCUGGCGAUAACGACCCCAUCUCCAAGAUCUUCUUUGAGCCCGGUUCUUACCAGUGCCUUGAGAACUGCGGCACAGUGGCGGUGAACGUGGUGCGACGCGGUGGCGACUUGGGCAAAACAAUCUCUGUGGACUACCGGACGGAAGACGGCACGGCCAACGCUGGCUCGGACUACGAGUUCACAGAGGGCGUGGUGGUCUUCAAGGCUGGCGAGACAAUGAAGGAAAUCCGUGUGGGGAUCAUCGACGACGACAUCUUUGAAGAGGAUGAAAACUUCCUGAUUCACCUCUCCAACGUCAAGAUGUUGACAUCAGAAGGUGAGGAGCCAGAGGAAGGCGAGUCUGCUAAUCACGUUGACUCAAUGGCGUGCCUUGGCAUACCCGCCACAGCUACCGUUACCAUCUUUGACGACGACCACGCCGGUAUCUUUACAUUUGAGGAGCCUGUAUUCCAUGUCAGCGAGAGCAUCGGCACCAUGGAGGUGAAGGUGCUGAGAACGUCGGGGGCUCGCGGCGUAGUCAUGCUGCCGUACAAGACGGUGGAGGGAACAGCACGAGGCGGCGGAGAGGACUUUGAAGACACUCACGGCAUCCUGGAAUUUCAAAACGACGAGAUCUUGAAGACCCUAACCGUUAGGAUCUUAGACCGGGAGGAGUACAAUAAGCAGUCCUCCUUCUACGUUGUGCUUGAAACCCCCGAAUGGAGACGCAGCGGGAAGGAACGGACAGAGGAGAAGGAGAAGGAGGAGGAGGAGGAGGAAGAAGAGGCGCUGACGGGGAAAGAUGAGGAGGAGCAGCGCAUCGCUGAGAUGGGCCGUCCCACGCUGGGAGACCACGUCAAGCUGGAGGUCAUCAUAGAGGAAUCAUAUGAGUUCAAGAACACGGUGGACAAGCUGAUAAAGAAGACCAACCUGGCUCUGCUGGUAGGAACCAACAGCUGGAGAGACCAGUUCAUAGAAGCCAUCACUGUGAGCGCAGGCGAGGAUGAUGACGACGAGGAGUGCGGGGAGGAGAAGCUGCCGUCGUGCUUCGACUACGUCAUGCACUUCCUCACCGUCUUCUGGAAGGUUCUGUUUGCCUUCGUCCCGCCCACAGAGUACUGGAACGGCUGGGCCUGCUUCGUCGUCUCCAUCUGUAUGAUCGGACUGCUCACCGCCAUCAUUGGGGACCUGGCCUCUCAUUUUGGCUGCACAGUGGGCCUGAAAGACUCAGUCACAGCAGUAGUAUUUGUUGCGUUGGGAACCUCUGUACCCGAUACCUUUGCCAGCAAGGUCGCUGCUACCCAGGAUCAGUAUGCAGAUGCAUCCAUUGGUAAUGUGACAGGCUCCAAUGCUGUCAAUGUUUUCCUGGGCAUUGGGGUGGCGUGGUCCAUCGCUGCCAUCUACCACAAUAGCAAGGGGAACGAAUUCAGGGUGGAUCCAGGCACACUGGCCUUCUCCGUCACGCUCUUCACCAUCUUUGCCUUUAUCGCCGUCGCCACGCUGAUGUACCGACGGCGGCCGGAGAUCGGUGGAGAGCUGGGAGGGCCCCGGACAUCGAAGGUUCUUACCACCAUGCUGUUCAUCAGCCUGUGGCUCCUCUACAUCCUCUUCUCCUCACUGGAGGCCUACUGCCACAUCCAGGGCUUCUAAGAUGACGGGAGAAGCCGAAGAGAAGGGUGGGACAGAGAGAGAACAUGAAGGAAGAAACCAAGGGGAGGUGGAUGAAUGGAAGGAUUUGGAAAUUAAGGCUGUCUCAUUGAUCUAUCACUCCCUCCCUUUACGCAAUAGGUCGAAUGACGGAUAAAUGAAUGGAUGUACAGAUGAAGAAAAUGGAGGACGCAUUAAAGCAUCUAAAUACAGAACGGAAGGAAAUACGGAUGCAUGGAAGGACAACAAAAAUUAUAGGAGCUAGAGAGAUAGCUCAGAAGAUGGAACGAAGGAAUAUGUUUUUUGUCUUGAUUUAUAAAUCCAAACCAAUCAAGUUGUCUUAAACCCAUCCGCGUUUUAAAUCCAUAAAACAAAUCCCCAAACACACAUGAAAUCAAAAUGAGUUUUAACAAAACAAGGAAGUUAAAACAGACCAACACAACACCAUAUAUCCUCAGAUGUGUGGCUUCAACAACAACACUCCCAUUAGUCCCCCCUCAGUUGGAGUAGUGCAACUCCCACGUCCAGCUACAGUAACAGGCGAAGAAACAGAAAAGGACAGAAUAACUGUAUCAGUAUGUUCAUGCAUGACCAGACGAUACUGAAAACCACAGUCAGAAGAAACCGGAUGUAUUGCCACAACUGUUUAAUGACAACAAACUGUGUGCGUGCUGGUGUGUGACUGUGUGUUUCUGUGCUCGUGUGUUGUGGGAAGAUGGUCAAGUACUGUGAAGAAAAAAAACGCCUCUCGUUUCGCUGUCGCUGCGUGAGACAGAAUAUGCUUUCGUAUUCGAGGUCUUUUUGACUCUCCCAGCCUGUAGAAAUGCCGAGUGAGACUCUUUCGCGGGAGGGCGCGUUCAAUGAAAUGAAACGUUCUGGACGUCACUGAGGUGAGAAAUGUAAAUACAAAGAGCUGAACGUACAUUACAGCUCCACUGUUUUCCUUCUGAAUGUCUUGGUUACGCCAUGCGCUCCUGAACGGGCCCUCUUUCUGUUGCUUUAUACAGUAGAUGUAAAUGAUUUAAGGUCUAAUUUGAAUCAAGGAGGGGUUAGCGUGCUUUUACCUUUAAUAAGGCCGUGUCUGAGAGGACAAAAUGGCCGCUCUACCGUUAAAAACUGUUAGAGAUUAUCAUUGCAUAAAUAUCUAGGUUAAUCUUAUGUGUGUUUUCGUUUUGUUUUUUUUAAACUGUGGAAUCUGGUUUUCCACCAAUGAGAUUACUACCAUCGUGUGUCAAUCGUAACAUUGCAAUAGACUUUGAAAACGUAGGUACCGCCCUCUGUGAAACCUCAUCGGCUGUCUGUUUCUUUACUGCCUCUGUCAACGGUUUUCUCACUUUGAUGCCGCUUUCCUGUAGGUUCUCUCAUUAUCCCUGUGUGUCUUAAGCACCUCCCCCUUGGCUGGUCAGUGGACCAAUCAAAAUCCUCAAGGGCUUUGUAAGAAACAACCACUAAUCCCUAACCCUGACCCUUGAUUUAUAAUUCUUCACAUAGAUUGGUCUUUAGGGGGCUAUUUAACAAGGAUUUGCAUUCCUUGACAUUACACACCAACUGCUCAGAUGUUAGGAAUUUCCCUCAAGGGAAAUAACAAGACAACAUGUCAGCUUCAUUGAGUGCAGACUUUGUCAAAACAAGGAUCCAGAGUUACCUAAAUAUCGGCAAAACCACCCCGAUGAUCCAGAGUUCUUGAUCGGACAAGGUUUCAACUUUUCUUGUCUUUCCCACUUCAUUACAAAGAUCGCCUAUAAAUUGCGGUCAGCCUUAUUUCAAAUUAAACCAUCCAUGCAACGGGCUGCCUCCUCUCUGCUUCUUAAAUAAACUACCCUUUAGGCAUCAUGAUCAUGAAGGCCUUAACCCAAAGGAAGCAAUGACAUAUAUUGUUCUUUAUUCAAGGGCAAGUGUUUGCUUUGGACUGAAGAACUAUAAUUUAAACUAUGUGAUUCACUGCUUCAUGCUGACCUUGGAAAUCAACCAUUGAAACUUUGCAUUCAGCCAGUUUUGAGUCUUAACAAAGGAGCCAUCAAAAGGAAUAGUCAAAAGUAUUUGCUGCUGGUGGAGAAGUAGGCUUACCAACUGAUAUAGGUAAAUAAGUAUCAUCUUACUUAGGGUGCAUUUGACAACCAGACUCUGUUUAACAAGCUUACAGAGGUUUGGAGACAAUUAUUUGUGUAAAAAAUAGGAGUAUAAGAUUUUUUUUUUUUACAAUCUAUUCGAUUGGCUUCCCAGCCCCCAGAAACUGUCCCCCUUUAGGACCUGUAUCACAAAGUGAGUUCAGCUUGGUCAUGCUUUCUUUUGGUCACACUGGCAGUUUUGCAUAACCAGUCUUAAGCGGGAUUUAUACUUGUGCGGUAGACCCUAUGCCGUAGCCUACGCAUUUAUACUUGUGCGGUGGUGU